UCUACUUCCGCGUUGAUUGCUUCUUCGAGCCUGAAAAGUAACCAACCGAAAGAUUUGCUUCUUUCGACUCAACAGAAACAUCAUAAUCAUCCAAACCGGGAACGUUGGAUAAAUACAGAAAUGGCGACUGGACCUGCAGUAAGUUCAGCACUAGAGUCGAUCAGCAGACAUCAUCUUGAGUGCAGCAUAUGCCAAGAGAGAUACCAACAGCCCAAGAUACUGGAAUGCCUGCAUAGCUUUUGUGAGCAAUGUCUGCUGAAAUACUGCAGCACGAAGCACGAAGGCUCUACGGUGAUCCCUUGCCCCGUGUGUCGGCAAGAGACGAAACUUCCUGAGGUUGGGGUGCAGGGUCUGAAAACAAACUUCCAUCUGAUUGGUCUGGUCGAGGAGUUUGAACUGCAGGAAAAGUUGGUGUGUUCGGGUGACACAAAGCUGCUGUGUGAGACGUGUGAUGAUGAUAAUGAGGCAACACAUCGCUGUCUGGAUUGUGCACAGAAUAUCUGCUCUCGUUGUCGACGUACACAGCUGCGAAUCGCUGCUACAUCCAGCCACACGAUAGCAGCUUUGGAAGACAUUCGUGAGGGAAAGGUAAAAGUGACAAAGGAGAAGCCAGGACAACAUCCAAAAUGUCCAAUACAUGACGGCGAAGUGACAAGGUUCUUCUGUAAGACGUGUGAAACUUUGAUCUGCCGAGAUUGUACUGUAAUAAACCACCGUAUGCCAGAACACACAUAUAUUGAGAGAAAUGAGGCCACAUCGGUUUUCAAGCAGUCAUUGGCUGAACUGUUUUCUCCACUUGAAAACUCAUUGACGGAACUCCAGAAAUCACGAGAGAGAGUUUCAAAAAUAAGAGAAGAUUUGGGUGUCACAGUUAAGAGGGCCAUGACAGAAGUGCAGGACAGAGCAGCUGAGAUACGAGCACACGUAACAGCUCAAGAAAAUCGCAUCCUGGACGACAUUAAAAACAUCCAAACAGAUCGUGGACAAAAACUGGACGAAUAUGAGAAAACUAUGAGCUUGGCAGUGGAGAGAUUUCAGUAUUCACUUGACACAGCUAGAGAGGUGACAAAGACUGCAUCAGAUAGUGACUUUCUCUCACUCUAUGCCACAAUCAGUAAAGAUUUGAAAUUGUUGGCAGAUCAGAGUGUGCCUAGAGUUGACAACAGGCUUGCAUUUCUGAAGUUCAAGCAGAGUGAGGGUGUUGGUGGCAUCAGUCUGGGUCAGGUGGUGACGGAAGGCAAAUGGGAGCUGUCUCGGGAGUUUGGUAGACAGGGAAGCGGUCGACGAAUGUUUAAUGGGGCUUGGGGCAUAGCUGCUCGUCAACCUGAUGAGAUUGCAGUGACUGACUACUGGAAAAACCGAGUUGUGAUUUGCAGCAUCGAUGGCAACCAGAAAAGCACGAUCCCGAUGCAAGGACGUCCAUGUGGCAUCGCAGCUACACGCAGCGACAAUCGUUUGGUGGUUGUUGAGGAAGGAGCAUCCCAUGUAAAGGUGUUCAACAGCGACAACACGCUGGCAUACGAGUUCCCAACGGUGCCGCCGAGUGAGGUCGGUAAGACCACGGUUGACCUCCAGAGCGUAGCUGUCAAGAAUGAUGGUACCAUUGCAGUGGGAGAUGUGGCGAGGAUGGUAUUGACAGUGCACAGCCCCACUGAUGGUGAGCUCCUUCAUACCAUACCAGUCAAGAUUAAACCUUAUUUUCUGGCUUUUGACAGCAAUGAUCGAGUUAUAAUAAGUGGCCUUUCAUCACAGACAGUGGAUAUUGCCGGUGGCAAUGGUACUACAAAACGCACUAUCAAACCCACCAUCAAUGGUCAACCAGUGGAAUUCUGCAACGGUGUAUGCACUGAUAGCUCAGGUAUCUAUGUUGCAAUGCAAAACGGUGCCAACACGGGUCAUAUCCACCACUACGACCCUCAAGGUGGCUUCCUCCAGUGCAUCGCACAGGGUCUGCACAACCCGCGGGGUAUCACAUUCACAUCUGGUGGGCAGCUGGCAGUGGCUGACUGGACCUCAGUCAAAGUGUAUCACCAGGUGUGAUACAACAUUGUAAUCAGUCAUGUCAAUUUCGCAUCAUUUGAGGAAUGUUGAUAGAAAAAGUAAAGAGUGGUCCUAUCACAACAAUGAAUUAAAAGUUUUAGAAUAUUGAUACACCACGUAUUAUACAAAAAAAGUAUACGGUAUUGGAUUACAUGUACAUGUGUUGCCUGUAUUAUUUUGACUUUCUGAUCAAUCGGUCGAUUUUGUCCUCAAAAGUGGGCGGUUGAAGAUAUCUUGUCAAAAUGUCAUCAAGUAUAAUUAUAAUAAGUCACCUUUUCAGUUCAUUCAAAAGAAAAAAUAUAAAAUAAAAAAAGUAAAAAUUGAAUCAAAUCCGGUGAUGAUUUUUAAAAAGCGUUUAAAAAUCAAAUUAGGAAAAACCUAAAGGCAAAGAAGGUUUUUCAUUCAUGUAUAUUAACAUUCAUCCUCCGCUCAAGUACUAUAAGGAUAAAUAAAGUAAAACGCUAUUCAAGAGAAAACUUGAAAUACCACGAUUACAGUUUUGUUUUCAAUAUCAAUUUCUCUGUUACGUUAGAUGUAUUUCGUUUUUCAACAAACAAUAUACUGGUUCCGACAACUGAGGGUGUCAAUGUGAUAUGAAUACAAAUUGUAGCCCAUUGGCAAAAUUAUGUGCACA